AUGGAGGUAAAUACAUGCAACAUUCAAGUGCUUCUGCAGGCAGCUGAAUAUUUGGAGCGGAGGGAAAGAGAGGCCGAGCACGGUUAUGCCUCAGUGCUUCCAUUCUACAGUAAAGGAGUUACAGAUAAGAGAAAAAAGCAGAAAUCAAAGAGUCAUUCGCCUGGGAGCAGCAGGUCUGUUCACAAUGAGUUGGAGAAACACAGGAGAGCUCAGUUAAAACAUUGUUUGGAGCAGCUGAAGCGGCAGGUUCCUCUGUCCUCGGAUUCAGCUAGAAACACAACCCUCAAUCUGCUCAGACAAGCACAGCUGCACAUCAAGAAGCUGCAGGAACAGGACGAGCGUGCAGAGCUGCUGAAGGAUCGUCUGCGCUGGGAGCAGAGAGAACUGCGCACACGGCUGGAGAAACUGCAGGGCGGUUCAGAGAGGAUGCGUAACGACAGCCUUGGCUCAGCUGUGUCCUCCGAGAGAUCCGACUCUGAGAGAGAGGACGUUGAGAUCGAUGUGGAGAGCAUGGUGUGGACUCUGGAGUCAGAUGGUCUGGGCUCAUCACAUGCUGGGGUGGACCACAGCUACUCUACCUCUGUUCACACCUGGUUAUGACCGUCCCAGAUCUACAAACAUCACAGAACGGUAUGAAGUGGAUGGGGGACUCCGCAAACAUUUGAUGGGCUUUACCAUCAUCAUCAUCACAGAACAGCCUUAUGUUGCUGCCACUCUGAAACCAUCAGACCAACUAAGCAUGACUGGAAUUUAUUUUGUGUAGUGUAUUCUUUACACUAAUGGCAUUAUGGUGCUCUAGUAUGCU